CGCAAAUGAACAGUAAUUAACCGUAAAAUUCUCCCCAAAAAGCCCUCACACGAGCCGCGGCGCGAAGCGCGAGAUUAAUAACCGUCAUUCUGGCAUCGGCGGGGGGGAACCCAGGGGCGCGAGAGGAGUUGACACGCAUUACCCUCAGAGACCCCGUAUGUCAGCACCUCGCGCCUCCCGCGCUUCCACAAUCAUUUCCCGCCGGAGGUGUCCGCAACGGCGCGCUUCCUCACCUCACACCCCCCGUCAACCACACGCAGCGUGACACACACACACACACACACACACACACACACACACACACACACACCGGGAGGAGCCGUCUACCCUUCCGUCACCCAUACCCGCCCCUGAGGACGGUGCGUCGUUUGCGGCGUCAAUAUUAUUUAUUAUUCCCGUUAGUCGCGGUAUUUAUCGCUGCAGCUGCUCACGGUGAUCGUUCAAACGGACGCGUCUCGUUGUCUUUGGGCGCGUGUUUUUGUCUUGUAACGUGGAUUAUUGAGGCGGCAUCAGCGCGCGGUGAUGCUCUCCGUUAAAGGAUCGUGAAGCGUCGCGAGUCUAAAGGUAAAACUCGUCCAUUUUCCGUCCUCCCCCCGUACCCGUUAAUUGCACCGUAGUGUCCAGCGGUCUUACGCCCUUAAUGACCCCUGAUCCGCUUGUCGCUGCCGCAGCAGGCGGAGAGUAAUUACCGUAAUUGAUGCUCGAGGCGACGGUGUGGGGGUGUUCACGGGAGACGUGUUUCUCUCUCUCUUUCGAGCCACAUAAACACACAAACACUCAUUUUAAACGCGGUAACUUCGAUUUCCAGGUCUUAUUAUCGCGACUGCUGUUGUUCCUGUAAUUAAACCAACUCAAAUUAAGAGCAGGGCUGCUGGUGUUAGACAUGAUACUAUGUUAUUAUUGUCAUACAUAUGCAAAAAAAAGAAAACAUGCAUUAUAUGUGCAUAGGCUAUUGUACUGAAAAUAUAUGUAUUUUACAAAAUAUUUAAUACUAAAUACUGAACUUAAAGAGCUAAAGUAUUUUAAUGUAAAUUAUAUUAAUUGAAAUGAAUUUGAAUUGAAAGGGAAAUAAUCAACCAUUAUGAUUUUUGUCGUAAUCGUGCAGCCCUAAUUUGAGAUAUAUUUUACUAAAUUUAACGUUCAUAAAAGCACUCGCACACCACAGCAAAUCUUUGAAAAGUCGAAAUGUACAAUAAAAAAAACACAUCUCGCACACUUACUUACUGCUCUUAAUUAAAUAUCCAUAUUGUUAACGUAACAUUACAUUCCCCUAGUCAACACAUUGUCCGAGAUGUGUUUGGUAUUGUUACUGCAAUUUCUAUUAUUAUUAAAACAAUUAAAAUAAUCUUUAUAGGGGCGGUUACGAAUAACGAAGAAUCCUAGUAGAUGCAUUUUUUUCCCAGUUUAUUUGAGCUAAUUAUAGAAACUCUAUUAGCAAUUGACAAAAUAUUCUGUAUUGUCUGAAUAAAUAUUGCAAUAAAUCCAGUUUGGGAAGUGCGAUAGAAAGGGCCACUGUUGUGGAUGGUUGGGUGUUAGUGACGGUUUGUUUUGCUCUGAUGGCGAACAUGAGCAGUAGUGUGUGCAUGGAGUCCCCACACGCUCAUGGCCACGCCCACGGCCACACCCACAACUACAACCACGCCCCUGGGCGGGACUUUCCCUUGCAGAUCGACUCUUGCAUGAACCCCGUGUUGGACUACAGUGCUCAGAUGGAGCGGUAUCGCUCUUUUGCUACCUUCUAUAAGAACAGCACGGCUGCCGCCGCCACCCCCUUUCCCCAGACGGCCAAAAUCGCUCGCAUCGCCACGCCCCUAUUUCCCUCCACCCGCCUGUCAGCUAUGCCAACCUGGCCCUGUGACAACGCCAUGCUCUGGGGGCGAAAGCCUACCGCGGUUAACGGACCUCACUCACAUCGGACUGGCAUGUCAAGGGCGGAGCCAGUGAAUGUGCACAUGUCUGCCAAACACAUUCCACAAGACUCCGCCCUCUCAAUGGGUGCUGACAACUUUCUGUCCCCGUUGACUGCGGAGCAAUGUCGCGGUUUGCCCGUAACGGGGGCGGAGUGCAUGAACCGGCUGAAGUGCUCGCCGUCAGUGCCGCCUGGCGGAGCCGGAGAGGCAGACCGCAGUGGAACGUUCGGAGGGAUGCCACCACUGGGGGGUCUGUCGCUGCCACCUGGGGUCUUCGUCAUGACGACGCUUCACUCUGGUACGGGGUCAUCGGGGGUCACAAUGUCAGACAGCGCGUUUCAGAUCGCUAACGUGGCGGCGGACUGCCAGCAUAGCGGCUCGUCCUGCUCCGGCUCGCCCGCUGGUCUUAACGGAAAUGCUAACGGAAGCUGCAGCAAUGGUGGAGGAGCGGCCAAACGCAAACGGAAGCGGUGCGGAGUGUGCGCCCCCUGCAGGAGGCUCAUUAACUGUGGCGUGUGCAGCUCCUGUCGAAACAGAAAGACGGGUCAUCAGAUCUGCAAGUUCAGGAAGUGCGAGGAACUCAAGAAGAAGCCGGGCAGCUCGAUGGAGAGAGCCGCAUCAGCAGGAGCUGCCGACACCUUCCGCUGGUUCUUCUGAAAAGGUCUCCACAAAACCACAUGACGAAACUGUAACUCAAACGAACUGCAGGUCAUAACCCUACAAUCUACCCCGAGGUCUGAUCAUACUGCAAUCAGGGACUUUAAACCCCCCUCUCACUUUCUACCCCUCCCCCUCAGGACUCCCCUUUAGCCCCAGGGGAAUCAGGUGUGACCCGUCCCGCUGGAGUGACGUCAAAGUCACUGGUCUCCAGGUCUUGGACUGACCACACCUCACCCAACACCAAACGCUCAUGCACUUACAGAGACUCCGGUCACAUCCGCUUAAAGGAACAGAUCACCCAAAAGUGAACAUCACUCACCCUCAUGCCAUUCUAAACUCCUCUGAGUUUCUUUCUUCUGUGGGAGCGUAGAGGAAAGAAAGUCCAAAGGGUUUGAGUAAAUGACUGUACACCACCUUUCUGUUGCAUGGGUAGAAAAGUGUUUCGUUUUUAACUAAAGACUUUAAGAGAAUAACUUUGUUUAUUGCUGUUGUGACACCUCACUGUCUUGAUGAGUAUGAGACUCUUAAGAUGGCUCGUUGAUUAAAUGUGAUGCUUUUUGAA